GCCACAUGGGCUACUUCGUAAGCCCAGCUGUGGCUCCGGACCAACGGGUGGAGAUCGAUAGCGAGGAUGAAGAUUGGCCGGGCAACAUUGGUGUGGAAUGGCACCUCGAGGGUGCCACACCGCCACCGCCAGCAGAGGGGCGCCCCUGUGCUGAAUGCGGCAAGCUGACGGCUGAGGGCCAGUGUGGAGAAGGCUAUUUCGAGGGCCUGUGGUACUGCAACAACUGCUGGGACAUGUGGCAGGAUGCUCCGCCUGAGGCGGUGACGAUCAGCCCCUGGCCUCUGGAGCCUGGCGUUGCUGAGGGCGAGGCGAAG